CUUCUAUAAGUGGUAUAAGCAUGUUACUAUAUUUACCCACUAAGAGUCUUUGAUUCUGAUUUCUCUUUCUUCCAAUUUAAGGUUACCAUUAAGAAUAUUGAAAGAGAGCUCAUUUGCCCAGCAUGCAAGGAGCUGUUUACCCACCCGUUGAUUCUCCCUUGUCAACAUAAUAUUUGUCAUAAGUGUGUGAAAGAACUCUUACUGACACUUGAUGAUUCAUUCAAUGAUGUGGGAUCAGACAACUCCAAUCAGAGCAGUCCUCGACUUUGGGUCACCUCCCCAAGCUUGGAUAAAAUUGACAGGAUUAACAGACCAGGCUGGAAGCGCAAUUCAUUGACCCCUAAGACAACUACUUUUCCUUGCCCUGGCUGUGAGCAUGAUGUGGAUCUUGGAGAGCGAGGAAUCAACGGUCUAUUUCGAAAUUUCACUUUGGAAACUAUUGUUGAAAGAUAUCGGCAGGCAGCCAGGGCAGCCACAGCCAUUAUGUGUGACCUUUGUAAACCACCACCUCAAGAAUCCACAAAAAGUUGCAUGGACUGUAGUGCAAGCUACUGCAAUGAAUGCUUCAAAAUUUAUCACCCUUGGGGUACUAUAAAAGCUCAGCAUGAGUAUGUGGGCCCAACCACUAAUUUUAGACCCAAGAUUUUAAUGUGCCCAGAGCAUGAAACAGAGAGAGUAAACAUGUACUGUGAAUUAUGUAGGAGGCCAGUUUGUCAUCUCUGUAAGCUGGGUGGUAAUCAUUCCAAUCACCGUGUAACCACUAUGAGCAGUGCCUACAAAACUUUAAAGGAAAAGCUUUCCAAGGAUAUUGAUUACCUUAUUGGCAAGGAGAGCCAGGUGAAGAGUCAGAUUUCUGAGCUAAAUUUGUUAAUGAAAGAAACAGAGUGUAAUGGAGAGCGGGCUAAAGAAGAUGCAAUUACACAUUUUGAAAAGCUCUUUGAAAUUCUAGAAGAGAGGAAAUCAACUGUUUUGAAAGCGAUUGACACUUCGAAGAAACUCAGAUUAGACAAAUUUCAGAUUCAAAUGGAAGAAUAUCAGGGGCUUCUAGAGAACAAUGGACUUGUGGGAUAUGCUCAGGAAGUGCUGAAGGAGACGGAUCAGUCUUGCUUCGUACAGACAGCCAAGCAGCUGCACCUCAGGAUACAGAAAGCUACGGAAUCUUUGAAGAGCUUUAGACCUGCAGCCCAGACUUCUUUUGAAGACUAUGUUGUUAAUACUUCUAAACAAACAGAACUUCUUGGAGAAUUGUCCUUUUUCUCUAGUGGCAUAGAUGUGCCGGAGAUCAACGAAGAGCAGAGCAAAGUUUACAACAAUGUUUUGAUUAAUUGGCACCACCCAGAGAAGGACCAAGCGGACAGCUACACCCUCGAAUACCGGAAGGUUAACAGAGAUGACGAUUUGCUGUCCUGGAAUGAGAUAGAAGUUUGUGGCACGAGUAAAGUUAUUUCAGAUCUCGAGAGUAACUGUAACUACGCUUUCAGAGUAAGAGCCUACAAGGGCUCCAUCUGUAGUCCUUGUAGCAGAGAAUUGAUUCUUCGUACUCCUCCAGCUCCAGUUUUCAGUUUCCUCUUUGAUGAAAAAUGUGGCUAUAAUAAUGAACACCUGCUGUUGAACUUGAAGCGCGACCGUGUGGAGAGCAGAGCUGGGUUUAGCCUCCUGCUUGCUGCGGAACGCAUCCAGGUGGGCUGCUAUACGACCUUGGACUACAUCAUCGGAGAUGUGGGCAUCACGAAAGGGAAACACUUCUGGGCCUUCCGUGUGGAACCACAUUCAUACCUGGUAAAAGCGGGAGUUGCUUCCAGUGACAAACUACAAGAAUGGCUUCGCUCUCCACGGGAUGCAGUUAGUCCAAGGUAUGAGCAAGACAGUGGGCACGACAGCGGAAGCGAGGACGCCUGCUUCGACUCUUCUCAGCGCUUCACGCUGGUCACGAUAGGCAUGAAGAAAUUCUUUAUCCCCAAGUCAUCCACUUCUUCUAAUGAACCUGAAAACAGAGUUCUUCCCAUGCCAACAAGUAUAGGGAUUUUCCUGGACUAUGAUAAAGGCAGAGUGGGUUUCUACGAUAUGGAUCACAUGAAAUGCCUUUACGAGCGCCAAGUGGACUGCUCGCACACCAUGUACCCGGCGUUUGCAUUAAUGGGCAGUGGAGGAAUUCAGCUGGAAGAGCCUAUCACAGCCAAAUAUCUGGAAUACCAAGAGGACAUGUAGUUUAAGCAUCUGAUGCGAAUUAGAAGGAAAAAUGUAGGCAAAAUAAUGCCUUGGUGUUAACCUUCUAACUAAUUACAUAUCGUCUAAGUAUUCUGUCGCCACACUUGUUUUUUGUGUAUGUUUCUUCUUAAAAGGCAGAAAACCUAAACAGCCUUGCUGCUUCCAUGUCACUCUUCUGCCUUUCACGAAUAGCAGGAAAAAGACACUCUUUCCUACCUAACAUUGAAAUGGUUAACUGGAUUGUCUUUCUUUUUUUAUGAACAGGAAAUCUAAUUUAUUUGUUAGCUGGUGUUGCUGAUACUUACAUUCCUUUUUCGGGGAAGGCAUACAGAUGUAUUUAUUAUGCUGCUUUUGUGUUUGGUUUUUCAUUUUUAUAUCAUGUAUAUGUCCUAAGAGAUGUUUCUUAAAUGCCUUAUGGAUGGAAAUUAGUAAUAAGCAAUGUGUCUUGCAUUUGUUUUUAAAAGGAAAAUAAAUGUAUAGACAGGGAAAAAGAAAAAAGGCCAUAGAAAUGGUAAUAUAUUUAAAUGGAAAAUUAUGUAUUUUGAGGUUUGUAAGUAAUGUUAAAAUGAGUGUGUAUUGCCUAGAAAAUGAAUACUGCUCUUUGUUUGUUUGUUUGCUUGUUUUAAAGACCAUAAACUGUAUUCUUGAGGACAUGUCUUCUUAGCUGUAAUGCCCAUACAGUUUCUUGUAGGAAACACAAAGUUAGUGGUUAACACAUGAAGCUCUUCAUUUUAUAUAAUUUUUUUCAGAAAAAUUUGUCUUCAGUUUUUCUUAUUCUAUGAAAAUAUUUGCACCUAUGUUAAAUAAUUAUUUUUCAUAAGUAUUAGUGAAGAUACAUUGAAAUUGGUCAUAUUUGUGGGUUUUUUUUUAAAUCCUCUCUUCCUAUGUCUUGUGAUUUUCAUUUUUGGGCACAAAUAUUACAUAUCAGAUUGUCCUGGUUUAUGUUUACAUUUUAAAAAAAUUCACGAUAUAUUUUUAGUGUCAUUAAAUAUAAUAUAAAAUGUGGAAUAACUAACUGGUCAGUUGUAUGACAUUUUCUGUGGCUCAUUGUUUCGUAAUGAGCAUUGGUAAUAAGCAAGUAAAAAUACAGAUUGAUUUGUUCAGGAGUAAUAACUAAAAUCAUAAUGACUGAAUUCUUUUAAAAGUUCUCUUAAUUUGAAGAAUUACUUUAUGUAAAUGCUAUGUUUAUUUUUGAAACACGUUUCUUCUUGGGUUUUAUUUAAACUGGUUGGUUUUUUUGAAGUUAGAAUGUUAGAAACUCUACUGCUGUUCAUUAACACUCAUCAUUUUGUAACGCUUGUGACAUUUUAAUAGACUAACAAAAACCCUUAGGCCUUUUUUUAAUUAUAUAUAUUUUAAUGGAAAUCUGUUAUUCAGGCUGGUAGCACUAAAUUAGUUUCCCCUACAACCCAAAUAGAAAAUAUCGUGGAGAAUUUCAUUGUUUAGUAGGCUUUGCUACUUUACCACCAAUGAAUAGCACUUUAUGACAUAGGCUGAACUAGACAAAUAUGCAGUGUUCUGUGACUCAUUGUGCAAUAAAACUGCUAACGUCACUGGGUGGUGAAGUUUGAUAGUCUCAAGCCUGCGUAAGCACAUAUCAUGUAGACAUUUCAAAUGUAAAGCUUUAAUAGGAAUAGGAAAACUGUUUCAGACAUUGUAUAGUUGUAUAUAAAUUGUUCUGGAUUUCGUUCAUUUUUAAUAAAAAUUAAAAGUCAAAUGUAA